AGUGCCGGGCAGAGGAUACAUAGCCUUUUCGUAACAGGUCUGUCGGAGCGAAGUGGGUUCACUGCAGCUCCACCCACACCGUGUCAGACGGAUUAAGGUUCUAUCCUUUUCUGAGAAGUGUGUAAACCUUCGGUGAGUCACAAUCCUGUGAGUUAUUUUGUUAGAAUUCCAAUGAAAAUUCACUUCGGACAUUGUCAUUGGAAAUUAUCAUUCUCGGUGCGCCCGCGUCUGUAGUUUAUGUACCCUCAAUGUUAUAUUUUAUCAUUAGAUGGUUUGCCGACUUAACCCGAAACCUAAUUCUCGCGAACCAUAAACUUUAGCGAAUUAUUUGAAGUCGGACGAACCUGCAAUAACUUCAACUAGGGGACAAGUAUCGGUGUACUAUCACGGGAAUAUGGCUAUGACGGAUAUAUCUAAUAGGCUACCUAGUUUUCUAACUUUUGCUUUGGAGAAGAUACGCAGUCGUGGAGGGAAGUGUUCCCUGUUCAGUGUGGGAUGCUAGCGGACCGGUGGCGAGCCGAGGCUGAAGGAGCAUGGUGAAGCACCAACCCUUGCAGCAGGUCUAUGAGAAGCAGCUGUGCUUGUCCUUCCUCACUGGGAUUUAUGGUUGCCGCUGGAAACGCUACCAGCGUUCCCAUGACAACAGCUCCAAGUGGGAAUGUGCAUGGUUCAUCAUCUUGUGCAGCACCUUCUCCCUGCUCCUCUUCUGGGCUUACUUCUGGUUGGAGGCCCACAAUGACUACAACCAAUUCAACUGGUUACUAUACAACCGUUCUGGGGAAUGGAAGGACGGCACUGUCCCCAUUCUCGCAACCACCGCAGUUGGCUUUAGUUACAUAACAUUUUUAAUGAUUUUAGCACUCUGUCAUAUUUCACUGGGACAGCAACUGAACCUCUACUGGAUCCACAAGAUUGGUGUGUUGGCUGCCUUGAUCACCACUGUCAGUGGUGUGGUCUCCAUCAGUGAUGUGUGGGGGGACGAAUGGGACAUCAUUCUUAUAUCGCUACAGUCCACAGGUCCUUUCCUGCACAUAGGAGCUCUGGCUGCUGUCACAGCGCUGGGUUGGCUGGUUGCUGGACAUGUGAUCCGUGCAGGGAGAACCAAGUUCCACAUGAUUGUGCUGCUUGUCUACCUAAGUGUCCUGCUGGUCCUCUACAUGGCUCCCCUUGCCAUCACCUCACCCUGCAUCAUGGACAGGAACAGCCUCAAACCUCGACCUGAUGUCAUUGGAAGACGGGGGGCUCCAAUGCUAGCUCCAGAGAACACCCUGAUGUCCUUCAACAAGGCCCUGCAACAGGGGGUCAGCUCCCUGGAGGCCGACGUCUCCAUCAGUCUGGACGGGGUGCCCUUCCUGAUGCGAGACCGCACUCUGAGAAGGACCACUAACAUCGCCAAGGUCUUUCCAGACAAACAGCACGAGGACGCCUCUCUCUUCAAUUGGACAGAGAUUCGCUCUCUAAAUGCGGGGCAGUGGUUUUUGGAGAGCGACCCCUACUGGACGGUUGGGUCUCUGACAGGGAGGGACCGGAACCGAAUGGGGAACCUAACAGUGUGUAGCCUGGUAGAGAUGCUCCGCCUGACAGCCAGGGCCAACCGCUCAGCCCUGUUAAACCUCCAUAGACCUCCCCCAGAACACCCACACUACAAGACCUGGAUCAUGGACACCCUGUGGGCCGUCCAGAGGUCUGGGAUAUCACAGAAGAGGGUGACGUGGACCCCGGACACAGACAGGGGCCGUGUCAGGGGGUUACAGCAGACCUCCUUAGAGAAACUGUCAGUGGAGGAGCUCAGACACAGGGGCAUCAGCAGCCUCACCUUGCGCUACUCACAGGCCAGUAACAAGGACAUUCAGGACUUCCUGGUGAACAACAUGAGUGUGAUGGUGUACCCGGUGAAUGAGCCGUGGCUCUACUCAGUGCUGUGGUGCAGCGGAGUGCCUUCUGUCUCCUCCGACGCCCCCCAGGUCCUCCGCAAGGUGCCCUACCCCAUCUGGCUCAUGAGCCCAUAUGAAUACUGCUUAGUCUGGAUCACCUCAGAUCUUGUCUCCAUCGCCAUAGUUACAGGAAUAUUCAUCUUUCAAAAAUGGAGGAUGAGUGGCAUGCAGAACUACAACCCAGAGCAGAUCAUGCUGAGUGCUGUGACUCGCCGGCCCAGCCGAGACGUCAACAUCAUGAAAGAGAAACUCAUAUUCUCCGAGGUAAGCAAUGGAGUAACCAAUACAGAUGAACAUUUAUAUCCAGAGAAUGGCUAUGACAUUGGGCAGUACAAGUGAGCUGUGUCUGUAUACCUGGAGAAUGGCCAGGACAAUGGGCAGUUCAGAUGAAUUGUCUCUAUAUCCUGAGAAUUGCCAUGCAAUGCGCAGUACAGAUGAGUUGUCUCUGUACCUGUUUGAGCUGGUUGUGCCAACUACACUUAUGACGGCAUCACACGGAGACUGCAACAGACAGAAUCACAAUGGCUGCUACUUUAAACUUAGAUGUUUCCGCCAACAUGUUAGAACUUUGAACUUCUAAAAGUUCUGAAUAUUCAAUGUUUUGAAGACUGUUGAUCUACUUACUGGAGUGACCUUUUUAAAAGUUGUAUUUCAAGCUCUGAAGGAUCAUGGGAUGUUUUUUCUUCUCAACUGUACAUUUUUGUAAAUCUGACUUUUUGUUUUUCAGUUAUUUUCUUUUCCCUCUGAGAGGAUUGUCAUGGUUUGGUGUUCUACAUAGUAUGUUAUUAUAAGACUGAAUUCACUCUCAUGAUGAGUAGUGUGUGUCCUUCACACAUCGAUAGGAGGACACAUUUUGCAUCACUGGGAAUGUACACUGUUCUUGCAUUGUGGUUAUACAGGUAUGCACAUGAAGGGCAUUCAAUAGUCAACAUAGUCCAUGCUGCAAUCAUAUUUUCUCUGCCUAUUCUUUCUGCCAUGAUUGGUUUGCUUUAGGUUGAAGUUAUUAUAUCCUUAUCUCUUCACGUGGCUGCCUUUUUGUAAAGUAGUUUCUGGUAUGUUACAAAAAGAGUCUGUUGCGGGGGCAGUGUGUUUCAGUACUUAUAUUGUUAUAUGACACAACUCCUAUAAAUAGUAUUUCAGGAACAGUACCAGUCAAAAGUUUGGACACACCUACAGUACUCAUUUCAGGGUUAGUCUUUAUUCUACAAUGUAGAAAAUAGUAAAAAAUAAUCAAAACUAUUAAAUAACACAUAUGGAAUCAUGUAGUAACCAAAAAAGUGUUAAACAGAUCAAAUAUAUUUUACAUUUGAG